AACACUUUUGUUUAUUAAAUGCUUUAAUUUGAAAGCAAAAGGGAAACGAAAAUAUAAUUAGAUUAUUUUGCAUCGCUAAUUGCAAUAAAUCGACACAAAAAACUUGAUUUUGUACAAGGUAAUAUAGCUUCCAGGGAGAAUAUAUUCAAGUUCGUUCGUAUGUACAUGUUUUUAAUAUAUCAGUCAAAAUUGUAUUUGGCUUGCAAUUGUGGACGCAAUCCUCUCCAGCUUCGCGGCGGGGCUGGUUUGGAUAUAACAAUCGACAGCCGAUUUUUCAGCGAAGACACCUGAGAGACGCCGCAACAAACUUUUACCAUAUAUCAAAUACUUUGACAUCUAACUUACGUCUGGAUUAUCUAGCAACGUUUACUUCGAGCAGUUCAACAGAAAAUAGUCCGAGUCAUCAAAGCAUAAUGUCUUCCAAUUCGGAUGACGAUGUAGGAGCUAUUGUUGAUUUUGUUGGAUUACGCAGUUGCUUAGACGACAGCACAAUAACAGAAGAUCUUGACACGGCAGUCUCAUUAGAAGAGAGUCCAUUUUCCAGAUAUCGAAUAGGACAAUUUGCUCAAGGUGUAAUUGAUUUCAGUUCACAGUAUGGCAGUGAUUAUAGCAUUUCAUAUACUGCGCCAAAUAUAACUGGAAGACCAACUAAAUACCCUCUUUAUGGGGAUUUUCCAGAAACAUACGCAAUGCGUGUUUAUGGAGACUGGUGGGAUAAAGCGCCUUCCGCUAUGUUGGAAAUACAACCUCAAAAUAUACCUAAAAUUCCCGCUCAAGAUUUUAUCGUUGUCCACUUUGAAGAUUAUACGGUACCAGACAAAAUUGUAAUCUUUGAAACUUUUAACCCUGGCGCUAUAAUACGCAUAUGGGCAUACACAAUUAUAAAAACAUGGGUAUGCCUAUGGGAGGCUACUGAAAAAGCAAGUAACUCUUUACCUCAUGAAGCACGCAGUUUUUUGCCAACAAUAAAAAAUAUUGGAUUACCUACCAGAAUCAUAAGACUAGAAUUCAAUCACUCGGAUUUAAAUUACUUCACUGAAAUUGAUGGAAUAUUACUCUAUGGGCAAAAUGUUAGUAUACGAAAUCUGCAUCAAAUUGUUGACCAAUACUACAAUCGCGGAAAAAGCGGAACAAUACUGAGUAAACUACAGAGCAUACAAUUUCGUCCAGACUUUAGGGAUGACUAUAAAAAUCAAUUACAAGAUUUUAUAAGCAAAGAUUUAAACAAAUUUGUUACGUCUUUACCAAAUGAUAAUGAAAUUACAAUUGAUAACACCAAAGCAGAGAAACAACUCGAUUUAAAUGAUAUGCCGUUCGAAAUAAUGCUUAAAGUAUGCAGUUAUCUUGAUCUGCAGUCAUUAUUCCGUAUGAGUUUGGUGUGCAAAACUUUAUAUGCUGUAACCACACAUCCUCUACUUUAUCGGGAACUUAAUUUGAAGCCUUUCUGGCAUUUGGGUUCCAAUGAAUUGCUUUGUACACUCGCAAAAAGGGCCACAUUAUUAAGGAAAUUGGACUUAUCUUGGUGUGGAUUAUAUAAUUCUAUAUCACCUACUGAAUUCAAAAAAUUUAUACAACAGUGUGGCGAUAAUUUAACUCAUUUAGUAUUGAACUCUUGUAAAUUUCUUAACGCAAGUUGUAUAGAAACUAUUGGCAUUGUUUGUGAUAACCUAAAAGAACUAUCAUUACGAAACUGUUCCACCGAUCCACCACUCUUAAACUUUUCUUGUUUGGCGAAUUUGAAAAAUUUGGAACGUUUAGACUUAUUUCAAACUGUAAUCGAAAUGGAUUUGCUGCUAACCAUGCUAGAAAGUAACCGAAAGCUAAAACACUUAAAUUUAGCUUUUUGUGGGGUAAAUGUGAGUAUGGAUGUAGUAGCAGAACAAAUAGCAACAUACAAUAAACAACUGAUAUCCUUGGAUAUGUGGAAGUCUCACUAUCUCUCGGCAGUGGGCUUACAAGCAUUAUCAAACUGUCAUGAUUUAGAAGAAGUAGAUUUUGGUUGGUGCUUAAGAGAAGCAUCACUUGGAGAUAGUUUACAAAAUUUUAUAAAAAGUUGCCCAAAAUUGAAGAAACUUUUUUUGGCUACUGCGAGGGGCAUAACUGAUUCGGAUGUCAGGAAUAUUGCUAAUAUUUGCCCAAAUCUUGAGCAAUUGGAUUUGAUGGGUGUUCUAGGUAUACCUAAAGAUCGAUAUUAUGAACUUUUAGUGAAAUGUUCCAAGCUGCAACUUUUAGAUUUAAGUUUUUGUGAUAAUAUUGAUGAGUUUGAAGUCAAACAAUGGUCUCAAAUAUUCAAAGUAAAUAUCAAAUGUAGUCAUGUGCCUAUGGAAUAUACAAAUUAAUACAUAUAAAUAAUUAUAAAAAAAUUUUAGCUAUGAAUUUUAGAUAGUUGUAAAUAUAUAGAGAGUUUACCUAAUUGUUGACUAUAUAAAAAUAUGUAUAUAUAUUAAUAUAUAUAAAUAAUAAAUUGCAAAUCU